UUCUUGGUGUUAUGAUUUUGCCAAAACUCUAAAACAACGCACACAUAUUUUCUUUCUUUGCAUAUAUUAUUAAUAAAACUGUGUAUAAUGGUUAAGAAAAUACUAAUGAUUUGCCUUGGCAACAUUUGCCGCUCUCCCAUCGCUGAGGCUGUUAUGGUGGACACCAUUAAAAAAGCCGGUGUCUCAGAUGAAUGGGAAGUAGAUAGUGCUGCGAUUGGUGGCUGGCAUGUUGGCAAUUCUCCAGAUCAUCGGGCAUUGAGCACCAUGAACAAACAUGAUUUGCCCUACAGCAAUAAGGCAAGACAGAUAAAGUCGAAAGAUUUUCAAGAUUUCGAUUACAUUUUCGGCAUGGAUGAGGAAAAUAUGGAUGAUUUAAGAAGCAGAGCACCAAAGGACUCAAAGGCCAAGUUACUUAUGUUGGGAGAUUUUGGUUUGUCCAAAGCUGAACGCAUCAUAGAGGAUCCAUAUUAUCAACGUGGUGAUGCCGGUUUUGAAAAGGCUUAUCAGCAAUGUGUUAUAGCUUGUGAUGCAUUCUUAAAGAAAGCUUUGGCCAAUGAGAUUUAAGUGAAUUUUUAGAAUACAAUAACGUUAUGUAUAUGAUAUACGAAAAUUUUGUUGCCGUACCUUUUGCAUUAUGCGUGGAAAAAAUUUAAAGGAAAUUUGAUAAGAAGAUGAAUUAUUGGUAAGAAUAAUAACUUAAAAAUAAAUUUUUUGAAUUUUGAUGUUGAUUAAUCCAAACAAAACUACAAAUAAAAAUGUUUUUGAAAGUACGGACAACGCUUCACAUCAUAAGUUGUGUGAAGAUUACACUGUUAAAAUAAAGUUAAAUAUUUUAGGUUAA